GAACCUGCAGAAUAUAUUCCUCCCACUUCCCAGUCAAGGGCUCCGGUCCAACGCCACAAACGAGACCUGUUCUUCCCCCCUCUUUCUGGUCUGACAGCCAUCCCUGCCGUGGGCGUGAGAAUCCAAUCAGCCCCCCCGGUGCCUUGUGCCUCGUCACUCCCCUGUUUGCUGUUUGCUGCGUGGUUCGUACUUGUUUUAGAUAAGACCAGGCUGUUUCCCAGACGAUGAGUCCGUCGGAAGCCAGACACCAGCGCACUGGCUCUGGGGAUCCUUUCCUUGACGCAGACCUCUACUAUGGUGAUGAGGAUGCCAUGUCACGGAUUAAGGAUCGUCGGAGAGCGUUCUCACAGACAUUGAAGGUCUUUAACAGGGAGGAUAUCCAUGAUCUCAUCGGCAAGCUCCCGGUGAGAAGAGGGAGUCAUGAUGAAAUCUCCGCUCAACCACGAAAGUUCCUGAUCGAUGUCGAUGCCACGUUGGAAAGCCUGUUGGAGAGAGAAGACACGGACAAGAACCACCAGAUCACAAUCGAGGACGCGGGGCCGAAGGUGCUUUCCGUUGGAACGGCCGCAUCGUCCGGGUACAACAAAUUCGAUGUCCGCGGGACGUAUAUGCUGUCGAACCUGCUGCAGGAGCUCACCAUCGCCAAGGACCACGGACGCAAACAUAUCAUUCUGGAUGAGGCGAGGCUGAGCGAGAACCCCGUCGCUCGUCUGUCGCGGCUGAUCAAGACCUCCUUUUGGAACGCCCUGACCCGCCGCAUCGAUGCGUCCAACAUCGAGGUCGCCGGCCGAGACCCCAAGGACUGGACCUCUGAUCCGCGACCGAGAAUCUAUGUCCCGCCGACCGAGACCAAACAGCUGGAGUACUACCGGUCGGUCGCUGCGGCGCACCCGGAGCUCCGGCUCGACGUGCAGGUGCUGGCUGCGGAGAUCACCCCGGAGUACGUGCAGAAGCUGAAUGAGAAGCCUGGUCUGCUCGCGCUGGCCAUGGAAGAGAAGCUGAACGAAGCGACGAUGAAGACCGAGUUCAUGGGUGUGCCCUUUGUGGUGCCCGGCGGCCGGUUCAACGAGCUGUACGGGUGGGACAGCUACAUGGAGUCGUUGGGCCUGCUGGUCAGUGACCGGGUCGAUCUCGCCAAGGCGAUGGUCGUCAACUUCUGCUUCUGCAUCAAGCACUACGGCAAGAUCCUCAACGCCAACCGCAGCUACUACCUGACGCGGUCGCAGCCACCGUUCCUGACCGACAUGGCGCUGCGGGUCUACGACCGGAUCAAGGGGGAGCCUGGGGCGCGAGAAUUUCUGCAAAACGCCACUCUGGCCGCCAUUAAGGAGUACUACAGCGUGUGGACGGCCGAGCCCCGGCUCGACCCCGUGACGGGUCUGUCGCGGUACCGACCGGAGGGGAUGGGCGUGCCGCCGGAGACGGAGCCCACGCACUUUGUGCACCUGCUGGAGCCCUACGCGGCCAAGCACGGGAUGACGUUCGAGGAGUUUGUGCAGGCGUACAACGAUGGGAAGGUCAAGGAACCGGAGCUGGACGACUACUUCCUGCACGAUCGGGCGGUGCGCGAGUCGGGCCACGACACCAGCUACCGACUGGAGCGGGUGUGCGCGGACCUGGCGACGGUGGACCUCAAUGCCCUGCUGUACAAGUACGAGGUGGACAUUGCGCGGAUCAUCCGCACCGUCUUCAAGGACCGGCUGGAGAUCCCCGUGGAGUUCCGCACCGCGGCGAGCCGGGACACGGCCUUUGAGACGUCGGCGGUCUGGGACCGGCGGGCGCGCAAGCGCAAGCUCCGCAUGGAGACGCAUCUGUGGGAUGCGGAACGGGGCAUGUUCUUCGACUACGACACGGUGAAGCGCGAGCGCACCACGUACGAGAGCGCGACCACCUUCUGGGCGAUGUGGGCGGGGCUGGCUACACCGCAGCAGGCGGCGGACCUGGUCACCAAGGCGCUGCCCCGGUUCGAGGCCUACGGCGGGCUCGUCUCCGGCACGGAGGAGAGUCGUGGGCCGGUCUCUCUCGACCGACCCAACCGGCAGUGGGACUACCCGUACGGCUGGGCGCCGCAGCAGAUGCUCGCCUGGACGGGUCUGCUGCGGUACGGCUACCAGGCGGAGGCGGAGCGUCUCGCCUACCGCUGGCUGUACAUGAUCACCAAGGCGUUUGUCGAUUUCAACGGCGUCGUGGUGGAAAAGUACGACGUGACGCGGCCGAUCGAUCCGCACCGUGUCGAUGCCGAGUAUGGCAACCAAGGGAUCGAUUUUAAGGGUGCACCCAAGGAGGGAUUCGGCUGGGUCAAUGCGAGCUACGUCUAUGGCCUGGAGAUCCUCAACGCCCACAUGCGCCGUGCUUUAGGGGCGAUUACCCCAUACGAGACAUACAGCAAGGCGGUUGCUGCUCAAGAGGAAGCGUUUUAGAUGGGUUAGGGAGGACAUUUGGCAUUAUUAUA